AUGAUAGAUUCUUAAACUUAAUAGAGAUUUAGAGAUAUUUAAUAUAAUAAAAUAGAUGUUUAACCUAUUAAUCAUACUACAAUAAAGGAUUUAAUUGGAACCUUAAAUAAUAAAGUAUUUGAUGAAAAAUUCGAAUAAAAAUACUCAAAUUAUUUGAAUGAAAGAGUAUUUUUAUUCAAAGUGAUUUAUGAUGGUUAAGGUUGGGAAAUAAGAAGAACAAUAGGAUAAUUUUAACAAUUAGAAAAGGAUAUGGCGAAUAAUAUAUUUUAUUUCAUUUUCCAUAAAAAGAAAAUUACAGGUAGUUUAGAAAGGGAUGAUCCAAAAAAAACAUUAGUUUUACUUCAUAAAUUCUUAAAGAUGAUAACAAGCAAUGAAAUUAUUCCAUAAUGUGUAUUAACAUUUUUAGAGAUUUCUUGUAUCAAUUUGCCAUUCAAAAUGAAAGAAGGCUUUAUGGAAAAGAAAUCUGGUGGUAGAUCAACUAGAACAUGUUGUUAGUCAUUAGAAACAAAGCUUGCAAAAUGGGACAAGAGGUAUUUUAUUAUAACUUAAUAAUCCCUUCUCUACUUAAAAGGACCUGAAAAGGAAAGAUGUUAAAUUAGAGAAUGUCUAAGUUUUGACAAUGAUUUCAGUUUUUUGUAUGGAAAAAAGGAGACAGGAGAUGAUAAUAAAAUAAUAAUAUUCUUUUCAUAGAGGAAAUUAAUCUUGAAAGCUGAAAAUUUGACAGCUUACAUAGACUUUAUCUAUUCUCUAUUUAAAUCGAUAAAGGAAAGUCCAUAUACAAAGUUGCAUAGAUUUGGAUCGUUUUCUCCUAUAAGGACUUCAGAUUGUAAAUGGUAUAUUGAUGGAGAUUAAUAUUUUGAAGAUGUUUGUGAUGCAAUCUUGUAAGCUAAAGAAACUAUAUAUAUUACUGAUUGGUGGUUGAGUCCAGAAAUGUAUUUAAAGAGACCUGUUGACGUUAGGAAAUAUGCUUAAUCGAGUGAAUUUCUUUAUACUAGACUUGAUAAUGUAUUGAAAUUAGCAGCUGAUAAAGGAGUUAAAGUUUUAGUAUUAUUGUACAAUGCUUUACUAUCAUUUUUAUAUAAUGAUCCAAAACAUUCAAAAAUGUAAUUAGAAAGUAUGUCUCCAAAUAUUAGGGUAUUAAAACAUCCAUCUCAAGCAAUACCUAAAUUAUUUUCUCAUCAUGAAAAAAUGGUUGUUAUAGAUUAAAAAAUUGGAUUUAUGGGUGGUUUAGAUUUAUGUUUUGGAAGAUGGGAUAAUUAAAAACAUCUUUUAUUUGAUGUUCAUCCUUUUGAAUAAUUAUGGCCUUAAAUUGAUUUUUCAAAUUCUAGAGUUAGAGAUUUCUUUGAUGUAAGAAAUUACGAAUAAACACUUUUAAAAGAAAAUGAACCAAGAAUGCCUUGGCAUGAUAUAGCUAUUUGUAAUUAUUUAUUAUAUUUUUAUAGAAAUUAAAGGAGAUUCAGUUAUUGAUUUAUCAAGGCAUUUUGUUUAAUAUUGGAAUCAUGUAAUGAUGACUAAAUAAAAAAAGAAAAAGUAGGAAUUAAUACAUGCUAAUGAUUUAAAAAUGGAAGGAUUUGUUCCUACUGAUACUUCAAGUUUUAUUGAUUAUUCAAAUGUUGUUUAUGCUGGAAGAAAAGAGUCUUUAAUUUAAAUGAAGCAGCCUAUUCUUUUAGAUUAAAUAAAAACGAAAGAAGUUUAAAUAGAAAUGAAUUAAACAAUUUAAUAAGAUGAUUAUGAAAAUUAACGCUAAUCUAAUGCAUAGCUAUUUAUUCAAUAGCAAUAUAAAGAUUUUAUUAAUUAAUAGAUGUAAGAAAAAAAAUUAAUACCAACAGUAGAUGAUGAUGAUGAAGAAUAAAACUAUUAUAUUUUAGAAAGUAAAUUAAUUAAUUAAGAUAAAUGGAAAAGUAAAAUUAAAGCUGAAAAAUCUGAUUUAAAAGUUUUAAAGAAUUCUGGAAUGUAAGCAAAAAUGAAUUUAGAAUUUUUCAUUCCUCAUAUAGAGAUGAAUUAAAAUUAAUGUAUUUUUUCCAUCUUCAUUUAUAGAAAGUUGCAUUACAUAAUUAACAAGAUCAUCUGGUACAUGGUCAACUGGCAUUAAAUAAACUGAGAAAUCUAUUUAAAAUGCUUAUCUCUCUCUUAUUUAAGAUGCUAAACAUUAUAUUUAUAUUGAAAAUCAAUUCUUUAUUAGUAAUACAGCUGGUUAUCCUGUUAAAAAUUUAGUGGCUAAUGCUCUAAUAUCUAGAAUUAAAGAAGCACAUGAAAAGUAAUAGAGAUUUAAAGUUAUUGUCUUUGUUCCAUUAUUACCAGGUUUUGAAGGUGAAAUUGAUUAAUCAAAUUCUGCUGUUCUCAAAGUUUAAUUACAUUUUGAAUAUCAAACCAUAAGUAGAGGAGGCAAAUCUAUAAUAGAAACCUUAAAACAAGAUGGAAUCAAACCAGAAAAUUACAUUUAAUUCUUCGGUCUUAGAUAACAUGAAUUAUCUCCAGAACCAAAUUCAAUACCUGUGACUGAAAUUAUUUAUAUUCAUUCAAAAUUAAUCAUAGUUGAUGAUGAAAUUGCAUUAAUAGGAUCUGCAAAUAUCAAUGAUAGAAGUUUAUUAGGAAAUAGAGAUUCAGAACUUGCAAUUAUUGUUUAAGAUUAAAUAAAAGUUGAUUCUAUAAUGAAUGGUAUACCAUAUAAAGCAUCUAAAUUUGCACAUACUCUUCGUACUGCACUUUAUAUGGAACAUUUUGAUAUGAAAUAUGAAUAAGUUAUUGAUCCCUUGAGUUUAUAAUUUGAAAAGGAAUCAACUGCAUAAGCUAACAUUAAUACAAGAAUUUAUAAAUAAAUUUUUGCUUGUUACCCUCAUGAUGAUAUUAAGAAAGUAUCUGAUUAUGAAGAAGUAUUCAAUUAUUUAAUUAAUUUUAGUUUAAAGCAAAAAAACAUUUAGAUGAAUAUGAUUAAUUAAAGUAGUUUAUUAAAGGUUUUGCAGUAACUUUCCCAUUAUAAUUUUUAUGUGAAGAAAAUUUAAAUAUUAAAGUUUCAUAAAAAGAAUACUUAGUUCCUGAAAUAAGUUUCACAUGA